GAACAAUUGAGCAAAUAUGAGAUUCAUUUAUGUUAUCUUGAUUAAUCUCAUUAUUUUCCAAUUUAUCACGUUUCUACAUGCUCAAGAUUUUGAUUUCUUUUAUUUUGCUCAACAGUGGAAUCCAGCAUCAUGUGACAGCAAGAUAAAAUGUUGUUACCCUACAAAUGGGAAACCAGCUGAAGAUUUUGGUAUUCAUGGACUAUGGCCAAAUUACUUCAAUGGAUCAUUUCCAAAAAGUUGUAAUAAGAAUGUUCGUUAUGAUGAAACACAAAUUUCCGACUUGAUAAGUAGUAUGCAAAAGAAUUGGCCAACAUUAUCUUGUCCAUCAAAUAAUGGAACAAGAUUUUGGUCUCAUGAAUGGAAGAAACAUGGUACAUGUUCCCUUUCAAUGUUGGACAUACAUUCUUAUUUCCAAGCAGCUCUUGCUCUAAAGGAAAAGGUCAAUCUACUCCAAAUUCUCAAAAAUGCAGGUAUCCAACCAAAUGGGGGAUUUUACAACUUGGAAGCAAUCAAGAAAGCAAUAGAAAAAGGCAUUGGACAUACUAUUGGUGUAGAAUGCAAUAUUGAUUUAAAUGGGAAUAGUCAACUUUAUGAAGUUUAUGUUUGUGUUGAUAAAUCUGGUUCAAACAUCAUUGACUGUCCAAUUAUCCCAGAAACUAAAAGAUGUAAUGAAAUUGUUGAAUUUGCUGUUUUUGGAUCAAGAAAUAUACUUGAUGCUGGACAUGCCUAUUCUCUUUAAAGACACUAUUUGUGACAAGAAAAUCAUUGUUUGAAAUCAAUUUUAUCAUAAGAUAAGAGAAUUUCUUGCAUUUGAUUUCAUGUUUAUAGGGAUUUUUACAAGUUGCAGUUCAAUCAAGCUUUUGUUGUUUAUUUUGACUUUUCACUCAAUGUUCCAUACUUGUUUCGAGAUCUAAUUAAUCCUAGUAUAACUUGCUCCAAACAAAACGACCCCUUUAGUUUUGGCAUAGCAGAAGCACAAUUAUAAGUCAACAGAUGCACUAAUUAUCAAAAUAUAACCCCAAAAGGGCAGUUAUCUCAAAUAAUAGUUUCAUUCAUCUGAGCUACUUUUCACUUUCAAGCUUACUAUGGCUUUCUUUAGGGAAUAUUACAAUUAUU